GUCAGAGGAGGGCCGAGUCCCUCUUAGCGUCUGGAAGGCGCUUGGAGGAGGAGGAGGGGUCCGCGUUGCUGUCUCCUCCGCCGGAGCCGUUCCCUCGCAGGAUGAAGUGGGCGCGCGCGGCCGGGGAGCGCCUGUUCCGUGGCGUGCGAGGGGCGGAGGCGCUGCGCGAGACCUGCCGGCAGUACCCUCUCUCCUGCUGCUUCCUCCUGGGGCUCAGCCUGGCCACCCUCCUCCUCAGCCGAUACCUUCAUGUUUUAAUGAUCUUCUGGUCAUUUGUGGCGGGAGUUGUCACAUUCUAUUGUUCCUUAGGUCCAGAUUCCCUCUUACCAAAUAUUCUGUUUACAAUAAAGCAUAAAACCAAGCAAUUAGAACUGCAAGAACCAGAUUCCCAAGGAUUCAGCUGUGAUGUAUGUGGUAACAUCAAGUGUAAUAGGCAUAGGCUUGCAUUACGGCUAGAAAAUUAUCAGCCAUGGCGAGACCUGAACGUUCCUUCUAAAGUUGAUGCUUCUCUCUCAGAGGUGUUUGAGCUGUUGCUGGAUAACUUCGUCUAUCCUUGGUACAGGGAUAUAACUGAUGAUGAAUCAUCUGUGGAUGAACUAAGGGCAACGUUAAGAUUUUUUGCAUCUGUAGUAGUACGCAGAAUUUACAAGGUGGAUAUUCCAACAGUUAUAACAAGGAAAAUGCUGAAGGUAGCCAUGAAGCACAUAGAUGUAAUAGCCAAAGCUAGACAGAAAGUGAAAAAUGCUGAAUACUUACAGCAGGCUGCUUUGGAAGAAUAUGGACCAGAGCUCCAUGUGGCUUUAAGAAGUAGGAGAGAUGAACUACAUUAUUUAAGGAAACUUACUGAAAUUCUCUUCCCCUACAUUCUGCCUCCAAAGGCAACAGUCUGCAGAUCAUUCAGUUUACUUCUAAGAGAAAUCCUGUCUGGUUCUGUUCUCCUUCCUUCCAUGGAUUUCAUAGCUGAUCCGGAUACUGUGAAUCAUCUGCUACUUAUCUUCAUUGAUGACAGCCCUCCUGAGAAAGCAACGGAGCCUGUUUCAGCAUUGGUUCCCUUUCUGCAGAAGUUUGCCGAGCCCAGAAAUAAGAAGCCUUCCGCCUUGCAAUUGGAAUUGAAAGAAAUCAGAGGCCACCAGGAUAUUUUCUUUCUCUUCAUGAAUUUUCUGAAAAAAGAAGGAGCAGUGCAUGUAUUACAGUUUUAUCUUGAUGUAGAGCAAUUUAAUGACAGAAUUUUACAGCCAGAAUUGACUGAUGAUGAGAUGAUGUCUCUUCAUGAAGAAGUAGUGAAAAUCUACAAAACCUACUGUUUGCAUCAAAGCAUUGACAAAAUUAAAUUUGAUCCUUUCAUCGUGGAAGAGAUACAGAGUAUUGCUGAAGGACCAUAUGCUGAUGUUGUCAAGCUGCAAACAAUGAGAUGCUUCUAUGAAGCCUUUGAACAUGUUUUUUCCCUCUUAGAGACAGUCUUCAUACCUAGAUUUUGCCACACUGAUGAAUUUUUCAGAUAUAUCUUAAAAGAAGAUGAAUCUCCAACACGCAAUUCCAAAUCAAACAAGAGUUCUCAGAAGAAAGGAGAAUCUGGAAUCAGAAGUAUAAGUAGCAAAAUUAAAGGAGUGUUCAAGAGUACCACAAUGGAAGGAGCUGUGCUGCCCAGCUAUGGUCUGGCUGAAGGAGAGGAUGACUUUAUUGAAGAAGGUAUCAUGGUAAUGGAAGAUGAUUCUCCUGUGGAAGCACUUAGCACACCAAAUACACCUCGCAAUCUUGCCGCUUGGAAAAUUACCAUUCCAUAUGUGGAUUUCUUUGAAGACUCCUUUGAAAGGAAAGAGAGAAGAGAGAGAAUUCCAGUAUUUUGCAUUGAUGUGGAGAGGAAUGACAGAAUGGCAGGUAGAUACUCUGAGAAAUUUGGACAUAAACCUGAGCACUGGUCUGUCUACAGAAGAUACCUUGAAUUUUAUGUCCUUGAAUCAAAGCUAACAGAAUUUCAUGGUACAUUCCCUGAUGCUCAGCUUCCUUCAAAGAGGAUCAUUGGACCAAAGAACUAUGAAUUCUUAAAGUCAAAGAGAGAAGAGUUUCAGGAAUACCUGCAGAAACUUUCACAACAUCCUGAGCUAAGUAACAGCCAGCUUUUAGCUGACUUCUUGUCCCCCAAUGGUGGCGAAACACAAUUUCUCGAUAAAAUGUUGCCUGAUGUAAAUCUUGGCAAAAUUAUAAAAUCUGUUCCUGGAAAACUGAUGAAAGAGAAAGGCCAGCACUUGGAGCCAUUCAUUAUAAAUUUUAUUAAUUCCUGUGAAUCUCCUAAGCCUAAACCAAGUAAACCAGAACUUACUAUUCUCAGUCCUACUUCUGAAAACAACAAAAAGCUUUUUAAUGAACUCUACAAGAACAAUGCGAACCGCUCUGAGAUCUCCGAGAGAAGACAAAAUCAGAACUACUUUAUGGAAAUGAUGACUGUUGAAGGAGUCUAUGACUACUUAAUGUACAUUGGUAGAGUGGUUUUCCAUAUACCUGACUGGCUUCAUCAUAUGCUAACGGGAGGCCGAAUUCUCUUCAAAAACACCUUAGAAGCAUACAUGGACUAUUACCUGCGGUACAAGCUAGAACAGCUCUUUCAGGAGCAUCGUUUGGUGUCACUUAUCACACUUUUGAGAGAUGCUGUGUUCUGUGAAAAUUCUGAAUCUCGGUCUCUUCAAGAUAAGCACAAACGAGCAAAGAAGACUUUUGAUGAAAUGAUGAAAUACAUUCCAGAUUUGAUAGGCAAAUGUAUUGGAGAAGAGGCCAAAUACGAAGGCAUCAGACUUCUGUUUGAUGGAUUGCAGCAGCCAGUGCUUAACAAACAGUUAACUUAUGUUCUUCUGGAUAUUGGGAUUCAGGAACUAUUUCCAGAGCUGAAUAAUGAGAUGCCAUAGGACCCGAGGCUGAUGUUAACAUCCCUUUCUGCUACUUUGUCCCAUUUCCUUUAUUCUUUGUCAAAAAACCUGGGUCCAGCUGGAUCCAAAGAUCUGCAAGCAGAAGAAAUCUCAACAGUGGCACUCUUCCUUGAACAGCUGAGCUAGGGGAAGACUUUGUGUGAUGCUGUGCAACAGACUGUGUGCCAAUGCUUGUGCAUUGCUUUUGUUGGCAUGCAAUUUGAGACAGGAGCUGUGUUUCUGUACAGACAGAAGCAUACCUGGAUUCCAGUCCUGAUACACAAGGGUCAUAUUCUAAACCAGAAAAAAGCCUUUGUGCACACAGAAGAAGCCUUUGGAUGAAGGACAGGUGCUCCCAGAUCCUCCUUAGUGAUUUUGAUUCUUACAGGACUUACAUAUUGUUUAUGUAUGCCUCUUAAGAGUAAGUUUUGGGAUGAAGGACUGAUUAUUAGUUUCUGAGAAGCACUGAGAACAUUUCCCUUUCUCAGGGUUCUUGAAUAGUUUUAGAGAGCACUACACAAUUGAAGAAUUUCAUGAUGUGCAGGCCUUUUCAUUCCAGCAAUCAGCCUCCAACCAGAUUUCUCUGGAGACAGAUAAGCAAGAUAAAAUAGGACCAUUCCUUAUUGUUUGUUCCCAACAAACUAUUAUCAGUAAUAAUUACUCUGAGUUCCAGUAUGUUUUCAUCAUAGUUAAAAGAAUGCAAGUCUUAUUUUCUAUGCAUUUGACUAACUCAUUUUAAAGCAAUGUGUCCUAGUUGCUAUUACAGGUUCUUGUGACAUUUCCCCACAUACUCCAAAAUAUACGUUGUGAUGAUACCUUUAUUAGACCAAAUACAAGGCACAAAAUACACCAUGAUAGCUUUAAAAGCCCACUGGCUUCUUCAUCAGGCAAAGAUAGUUUUAUAAAUGAUGCAGAGGAAGAAGAAUGAUGAUGUUAAGGUCACAGGUUUGCCUCUUGCUUCAUGUGUUUGCUUAAGAUGGUUUUCAUAGAAAGCUGAUGCAGGUUGAGGCCACAUCUCUUCGUGGCCAUAAGGCAACUGGGACAUGGGAUCCUAACACUGUUAUCUUUCUUCCCUGCCUUAUUUAAAAAGUAUAUUUGGAUGAUGAAGCCAGCUGACUUUGAAAGCUAGCAUGAUAUAUUUUGUGCCUUUUUUGGUUGGCUUAAUAAAGGAAUCACUGUAAUAUGUUUUGGGGAGUUUGCUGUAUGGUCAUCAGGGCUAUACCUUCACCCCCCCCCCCCACACACACACACACUCAAACAUAGUGUAUAAAACAAAAAGUUCUUUACUGUCAGACAUUGUUUUUUAAUAGAUAAUAUUUUUCUCUAUUUAUAGUCUCUCUUUAUGUUUCUGCACCCCAAGUAUUUUUUUAAAAAUCUUAAUGGUCCAAUGGCACUUUUUGUUUGUUUGUUUUAGCUGCCUUUCUUGAAAGAAUCCUUUCAUUCAUAAUUUUAAAUUCACUGCUAUCUUUUCCAGUACUGUUUUACUCAGUUCUUCAUUAUACCAAAUGUAACAGCCCAGGCAUGCACUUACAUCCAUUUCAAAGGACUUCUUAAUUGAAUGAUAGUGUCUUUGCUGCAGCAGGAUUCUGUGGUAGUGAUCUCACUGAAUUUUCUGCUGUGACUCAGUUAUUGCAACCAGUCUAUUGCACAACCUGUCAGAAAUUCUCCUAGACAAAUCUGUUGAAAUGGAACGAGAAUUGUGCAAAAGCAUUUGCAGGGUCCCCGUGCAAUUCAGUGAGAUUUACUGGGAACCUUUUAGUGGCUUAUGGUCCUUGACACAAUGUACAGUAUUAAUGACUCUUAGGUAUUUGAAGUGGAGAUGUCAUUUUUGCAGUGUAGGACAGUGUGGCUCAGAAUUGUCUCACUAACUAAAUGGUGCCUUCAAUGAACCAAGCUCAUCUCAGUAUUUACCUUUAGAAAAUUUAGACACUGGAUAUCUUCAUAAUUAAUUUCUAUAAGCUAAUUAUACUUACUACUGUAAUUUAUAUUGCUGUAUUCCCUCUGUGUCCUGGCUGAGUAAAUUAAACCACAGGUGUUUCUCUCCCUGUCCCCCAUAUUGUUGCUCUUAACAGGUUGAAAAGGAUUCUUCCUCCACAUCAGAACACUGAAUUAACUCCGUUCUGUAGAUGGCUGCUAAGUUCUAAUUUAAUGGAUAGGUUAUUUGUGUAGUCUUGUACAUUUUGCUUGUAUAUACAAUGAACUUCCAAGUUCAGAAGAAAUAUUUACUCAAAAAAUUAAACUUUAUUAUGGACUGAA